AUGCUCGUAUACGUGGUAUGCUAGCACGGAAUAUCACUGAUUCGACUAACGUGCUUGUCGAUCCCUCACCCCGUCUCACAUGUUUCCAUGCAGAUUGGGCUCUUCUCCUUCUUCGCAUAUGCUAGUAUCAUCGCGCCGUGGCACUUCGCCAAGCCCAGCUACAGAACGAGAUUCAGAUUCCUGGUCUUCAGAUUUAGGUGGGGAAUUGUGUCUCCACGUCUCCCCAGCGUGUGCACUGCCUCUCUCUGCCUGCGUAAAGACCGGAUGUAUAUUGGUGGGGUGUGGUGCUGCUGGCUCGGAACGCUCUGCUGGCUACUGUUACCGUGAUGGAGCCAGGCAAGUCACAGAUACAAGCAAGUGUACACAGAAUGGACACCUGCACACUGUGA